AUGUUGUCUCGUGGGUUGAGAACAACAGGAAGGCGGUUCUACUCGGACAAGCCGGCGUUCAGUGUUGAGAGCUUCGUCAGCCGUAUUGAUGCACUCACGAAAAACCGCACGCCUAGCGGGAAGAAGAAGUGGGAAAUCUCCGGCAAGAAGGCAGACACCAACACCAACUACCGGCCCCGUCGUCCUCAGCAAAAUGGUGUGAAUGGCAAGCCAGCUCCGAAGAGAGCUCCCGGUCAGGACAACGCUACCAGGGCCACCCGCCCUCGGGCUCCUAUGACCCGGGGACCGAAGCCCAGUGCUGCUCCUGGUGCUGCCCCCAAACCGGUUGCGAUCGAAGCAAACCGUGCCGACUCGUUUGCCCAGCCGACAUUUACUGGAUUCACCGCAUCUCCUGCCGCUGCAAAGCCCUUGGCAAAGCGUCGCCCCCAGCCCUUCGACCGCCGUCGUGCCCGUAAGCCCAACAGUGGUCGCGCUCGGGUUGCUGGCCGCAGCAACGCCAACAAUGUUUCCCGUGCUACCAGAGCUGCAGAGCCUGAGCAAGGUGUUCUUUCUGGCUCCCAGGCCCUGAACCUUGUCUUGAAAAAUUCUGGAAGUGACUCUACUGGCUGCAUCGAAGUCGACCGCCUCGAUCUGCGGUCCAUUUCCUCGUCCUUGGUACCUUCCUCUGUUACUUAUAAUACCCGUGUGUGGUCUGUUUUGAAUAAAACUCGCGUUUCCGACAAGAACGUCGCAGAGCUUGUCGAGCGGGCCGUCCGCGGCACUCUCCAAGUGCCUAGCGAUGCCGACCAGUCAGUUGUCAACGCGCUGGCUGGCAAUCGGUACUUGAGUGCAGACACUCGGGCUUUCUUGAGCCAGGUUGCUUCUGGUAAAAUCACCCCAAAGCAAAUCUCUCAGCAAUAA